AUGACUAUUAUCGUCAAGGGUAUUGAGACUCGUGACGCCAAUGGCAAACCUUACCUCCGGCAAGACAUCGACAAGUGGUACAUGGACCAGGUGAAGGAUGGCGGUGGCGGCAGAAUACAGCUCACCCUCUUUGUGGAAGCUCUGGCUCUGAUUCAAAAACGUCCUCUGGAUAACCUGAUGUCUUAUUUCCGUCUGGCUGCCAUACACUCUGCUCCAUGGUGCAAAUGGGACGAUGUAGAUCAACCUCCUGAAAACCCAGCCGAUGACUCGGACAGAAUUCCAGGAUACUGUGUCCAUAAUAAUUACACGUUCCCGACAUGGCAUCGGGUGUAUAUGAUGCUCUAUGAGGCGAGUGAAUCUUGGUGGUUGGGAGAAAUGCGAGCUCUGUAUGACGCGAUGUAUGAAUGGAUUGGCACAAGUGUUCCGGCCGACAGUCAGGACACCUGGAAGAAAGAAGCCGACAAAUGGCGCCUUCCAUACUGGGACUUUGCUCGUUUUGCCAAUCGACCCCCAUCGACUGCUGGCGCCUUUGAGUACGAUAUCGACCAUGAUAGGCUCAGACUACCCAUUCUUUGUAUGAUGCCGAGUGUACAAAUUAUCGUGUUUCCCAAAGACAAGGGUCCUACCAUCGAGUCUCUACCCAAUCCUCUGUAUAAAUAUGUGACCCCCAAACUAAUGGGCGAGUUUCCUACUCUAUACAAGAUUACUGGGGAAGAUAUUCCGGAGCAAAAGGCCAAGGACCCGGAAGAUCCAACCCAGGAAGUAGUCGUGAAUCCCAAGUUUACCUAUCCUUGGGAUAAAUGCAAUGCGACUACCAAGUACGGCAUUCUCGAUGGGUUCGAUGCGAGCAUAUGGGCCGACGGAGGCCAGAACUGGCUUCGAGCCAACUAUGCCCUCAACGAGCAUCCUUAUUAUGGCGAUAAAGAUAAGGGUGUAAAUGCGGAGACGCCGGUUCCUACUCUGCAGGAUCUAGUAUACCGGUUGUUCCAGUAUGGCCUUAGCUCUUGGGGAGCGUUUUCAACCACCCGUUACACGUCAAAUUACCCAAAGCCCCCGAUUCAAGCCGAGUUGGCAAAGGACGCAAUGAAUCUGGAGUUCAUUCACAAUAACCUUCAUGUAAGUAUCCGGAGUAUCAUGGGUGUGCAAGAGUCUGACACUGUCCAGAACUUUGUGGGAGGAACCCAAUUUCUUCGCCCACCGAAAGAAGACAUCCACCUCUGGGGCGCUGGCCAUAUGAGCAGUGUCUUUAUGGCGGCCUUUGAUCCCAUCUUCUUCAUCUACCACAAUAACAUCGACCGCCUGACUGCCAUGUGGCAAAUCCUGAAUUGGGAGAAGUGGUUUGAUGAUACCUACAGCAAGCCCACCAAGGACAAUAAGUUGACCCCCUUUCACAAAGACGCAAAUCGCAACUUCUGGAAGUCAGAUGAUGUGAGAGACUGGAGAGCCCUUGGCUAUGAGUACGAAAUCCUCCAGGAACGAACUCACGAUUCCAUGGACGAUCGGAAGAAAAUCCUGGAAAACAUUGCCGAGCUAUACGGAAACCCGACGAAGAAUCUCUUUGAUGGGCUUCCUAAGAAUGAUGGCGACCGGGACGAUUUUGUUAUUACUGUCGUUUAUGACAAAUACGCUUUAAACGGUGCAUCUUACAAGAUCAAUCUCUUCUUGAACAUCACGGACAACUUCGGCGGACCUGAGUCGGAGGGGUUCGUCGCCAGUAUCUACAACUUCAGUGGCUCCCUUGACUCAAGCGCCUGUGGUAAUUGCCAGCAGCAGAAGGCAGAGGGUGUCAAGUGCAUUGCACAAGUUCCCGCCACCGUACCAAUGCGCCGAUAUCUGAAAAGAACCAAUAAGAGGUUUGAGCAAGCACCGGAGCCUAUAUAUCGGGCCUUGAACGGUAUGGGAAUCGUGAGUCGUAUUGAUCCUCUUGCCAUUUAUGCGGCUGAUUGA